CUGUUAUAAACGAUACAUUUUACUAAUUAAUGUUGCAAGACAGUCGAGUCCCUGUACAGGGCAGUUUUGUAGAGCUCGAUCAGGCGCCAGUCGACUUGAGCAAAAUUCUGCGACUAGAAUCCUGCAGGUCAUCUCGGCAGCAGCUCAGUCCGUCUUUCGAGCUUGCAGCGAGCGCAGCACCUCGACUACUCGUGGAUGGCUCAAAUAUUGCACGUCUCCCUGUGGUGCUUGUGCUGCUUGGCCGCCUUCUGUGUGUAUAUUUACCCUGACGAGGCUCCACCUGCAAUUACGGGCGAAGAAGAUGGAGACCCAGAGAAGACGUCGCUCCAAGACCUGCUACUGAGCGACAGUCGGAGCGCCGCGAAGUCGCCUUCUACGCGCAAUGUCUUUGAAAUUUCAUUGGAUUUGAAAAACGUUACGUGGCUGGCGCUCGUACGAGAUGCCAUGAGCAAAAGGAAACCUGAAGAACUAAAAGAAUCUGUAACUGUGUUAUCAGGAACUCUACUGAAGCAAGAAAAAGAUUCAAAUGAGACUAAGCCACUCAAGAAAAUACUCUUCUGGAAUCAUCCCGACAACUAUUUCGGCGUGGGCCACGAGCCGUUCGUCCGGGCCGGCUGCCCCGUCGACCGCUGCUACAUCACCAACAACCGCAGCGAGCUGCCCUACCAAGCCUGGGAUGCUCUCGUCUGGCGCCCCGACACCGAAGACUUCUCAAUACCCUACAGAAGAUCUCCAGCUACACGAUAUGUUUUUUUCCUUUUGGAGCCACCAGGACUGGAACCUCCGAUCGUGAAAUUUGUCGAAGGCAAAUUCAACUACACGAUGACGUUUCGAGAAGACUCCGAUAUUUUCCAUCCGUACGGCUCAUUUACUACCUUACCCGAGCCCCGGAUUGAUGCUUUAACAAAAGACUAUACUCAUGGCAAGACAAAAAUGGCAACUUGGUUCGUGUCACAUUGUCAGACCAGAAGCGGAAGAGAAUUAUUGGUAGACCGACUAAGUCGGUACAUGCAAGUCGACGUCUACGGAGAAUGCGGCACAUUAAAAUGUCCGCGCUACGACAGCGAGUGCAUCCCUCGAGCAGCGAAAAUCUAUAAAUUUUAUCUGAGCUUCGAAAAUUCCCUUUGCGAUGAUUACAUCACUGAGAAAUUUUUCGCAAUCUUGAAAUUGGAUAUCUUGCCGGUAGUGUACGGCCUUGGAGAGUAUGAGAAGAUUGCCCCACCACACUCAUACAUCAACGCUUUGGACUUCCCAAGCAUUCGUCACUUGGCGAAUUACCUUCUCUACCUCGACAAAAACCACACCGCCUACAACGAAUACUUUCGUUGGAAAGCCUACAGUGAAGCAGUGCGAAGUUUCCCCAUGAAGCAGAGCACAGCAUCUAACAUUUCCUGGUGCCAGCUGUGCGAGAGACUGCACUACGACCAGCAGAAGAGGGUGCACGGCAACCUCCAGGAGUGGUCCCAACACUCGGCCAAUUGUCUCUCAGCUGAAGACGGAGUUAUUGAUAGCUUCUUGCGCGAUGAAGUGAUCCAGAAAUUGAGAUAGCAAGAGCUUUUGUAUUUUUAUUGUCGUGAUAUUUAUGUAUCAAUGAUGCACAAGUCGAUUUUUCUGUCUCAUAUUAUAAUUGUCAACAAUUACUACUUAUUCACGUUAAUAUAAGAACAACGAUUAAAUGUUUUUAGCACGUAUCCUGUCAGUGAUCAAAACUAGAUGAACAUUGAAGCUUCCGGCGGAAUAGCAAUUUUUAAGGAAAUGAUUUCUGUUAAAUUAGAACUACUGCUGCACGUGAUAAAUUCGUGUAAAUUGAUUAAUUAUCUGACACAAGUGCGAGCCUCUGACCUCAUGACCGAGGCUGCCGAAAUUAUCUGAUCAAGCACACUUGUACAUUCCAUUCACUUUGAGCCGCACGCUCUUUUCUGACUGGGAAUAAUGAGGGCGGUGGAACUGGUGUUUUGUCUCAAAUAAACUUUGUACAAAUAUAGUCCUCUAAAAAUCGAAUGUUUCUUCUAUUCACCACGUAAUACUUUUUCUAGACAAUUUUAAUGCAUGGUUAUAGAAAAAGUUUUUAUUUGUUUUAAAUAGUCGUGCUGUUACAUAAAUUGAGUGACACAAAUUCGGUGUAAUUUAUAGAAGGAAAUUUCGAUAGAUUUGAAACAAUUGUGUAAAGUAUUCAUCAUUAUGUUUGAUUAAAAAGUAUGACA